CACAUAUAUACAAACACCAACAAGGGUACCAAAAACAAGAAAAUAAUAAAUGGACUAAAACACUAACAAAGCUGGAGACAUUCUUACCAAAUUCAAAAGGAGGAUUACAUCAAUUCUAAAUGUCCCUCCCCAGCAUCACAUUAGGAAAUAAAUUACACUGAAGGAUAAAAUUAGGCCAUCAAUACAUGCUUGAGCAAGAGGUUCUUAACAGAUCAAAUACAAAAAAAGGUAUCCACAGGCAGCAAUUUUCAGCGGAGAGCCAUGCAGACAAAGGACUGCUCAUGGAAAACACAUUCUGUCACACUGUCCUCAGACGAGGUCAGAAAUGGAGGGGUAGCCUGUGACCCUCAUCUCUCCAGCCAUUAGUCCAACAACUAUUCCUCAAUAGUCAGUUAAUUAAAACAGUCACCUAUUAUGAAUAAACCUGGAUCUUCUAUGGCUGAUAACCGGUUCCUGCCCUCAUUAUCACACCGCCAAUGGCCUCAGUUGACACGGCAGGCGCGGAUCAUCAGUAGCUGCAGGAGGAUGAAGAGUGGUGAGACGAUGAGACCGAACCACAGGUCACGUGCCUGUUCCUGCUCAACCAGCUUCUGGCACAGCAGCACCUCACACACCAGCUUGAGGCUGAGCACUGUCAGCACCCACAGCAGCCUCAGCACUGCCAGCCUUUUCUCAUUCUCCUGGUACAGCCGGAUGGACACGAUGGCCGUGAAGUAGGUGCUCAGGCCAUCCGCGGCAAACAGAGGGACGAAGACCAUCCACCAGCUCAUGCCAGGGGCAAACCGGUCAGCCUGCAGCGCUACUAGCACACUGAAGACCAGCAGAGCCCCAAGGUGGAGGAAGAGCUCGAACGUGGCAAAGCCCAGCCAUUGGACCAGCUCCCGCAGGGAGAACAGCAUGGCCUUAGGGUGGAGGGAGUGGAUGCAGGUGGACUGUUCAACCAGGGACCGAAUGGGGUAGACUCACUGGUUCGACUCAGGAGAGGUGACGUUUCCAGACUCAGGGUGGUAAAGUGUGAAGGAAGGGAGACAUUGAGAUCUGGGCAGAAAUCCACAGAAGGCAAUAGGAAAUGGCCCUUAACGAGGAACUGCUGCAGAGACGAUCAAGCUCACCAACAUCAUUGAAGACAGUGGGGGCAGAGAGGACGAAAUACUGUGAGCCAGUGAAGAGCUUCACAUGUGGAGGAUGUCUUCAGGGAAUCAAGUUGUUCUGCCUUUAUUUAGAAACAGAGACAUUUUAUUGAGAGCAUGACAAGAGUUUACAAUGUAUUGAAAUUGACAUGUUACACUGUAAACAUCAACAAAAUGACAGUAUUUACUUCAGCUCCCUUUUACCAAGCUAUAUUGUAACAAGCCUGAAGUCGGUUGAAACAACUAUCAAACGUUGCAAACAUUGUUACAAUCUCAUUCUGUCUUGACUAACAGUCUAGAAGUGGAAAUGUAUGUGUCCUUCACAAAUAGCCUACAAUGUAUCAAGGGUUGAUGACAGUAUCCCAAUAACGGACUAAAGGAGCCUAACGUUACUCCUUAUAGUCCAAGGACCUUACAUUAUCUGUUUAGAAUCUAAUUGGUUCUGGCAGCCAAAACAGCCAAAUACUCCAGCUAAAGUGAAAAUAUUUUCCCGGGAAGCCCAAUUCCCCAUUAAACAACUGGUGAAAUCCCCUCACAAUGACAUGAAACUGUGUUUCUAAUAAACAAUUAAAUUAAAAUAGACUACCCCUUGCUAAUCAGGAAACUUGUGUACGUUGCGAUGGACUGUCAUUACAACUGCUUCACAGGAACCUGGUAAAAUUAUGUUUGAAGUGUAGCUAGCCACUGAAUUCACUGUCAGCAUGCAGUCAAAGCUAUAACCACUUUUGGAGCAAACUAGUGCUCUCAAAUCGUAUCCUAAUGUCAACAGCAGAUGGGAGUUGUAUUCAUAACAUUGCUAACUUAGCUAGCUAACAUACAUUGAGAAAAUAAGUUAUAUUAGGUUGCUAGCAACACCUUGUGGUAAAUGAGACAGAGCUAUCUAACUAAACAGCUGAGCUAGAUUUUUUUUUUUUUUUACAAAAGUAGCUAUAAUUUCAAAAUAUUGAAAACAAAAAUGAGCUUUUACAUUUACAUUUUAGUCAUUUAGCAGACGCAUACUGGCCCCCGUGGGAAUCGAACCCACAACCCUAGCGUUGCAAGCUCCAUGCUCUACCAACUGAGCUACACCGGGGGCUUUUAGUUCAUAAUUUAACGCUGCCAUAUGUAACUUUUUGGGCGACCCGACCAAAUUCAUAUAGAAAUGUGAGGGCAAACUAGUGAAAUCAGUACUCCAAAUGGGAACAACCAGUUCAAUUUAUUGAUGUUGCUAGAGAUGAACGUGACAGAAGAAUAUAUUAAUUGUUGUAAUGAGCCUUCGUGCGCCCCAGUCUGUUGGUAGCUCUGCCAGCCUAUGAAAGCAGGACAUCAAUAGGAGAAUAACUUUAAUCUGUUCUAAUUAUUUAGAAUUAUUUAUUAUAUUUGGUCGAACAGGGCGGAGAUGUUUUCCAUGCUGCAGCCUUGCAAAUCACAUGUGCAUCAAGUACGAAAAAUGUGGGCUAGACAUCUGGCAAAAACAACAUAAGGCAAAAUGCAUGUGCAUCUGGUGGACAUAUGGUCUAAUGCUUACACAGGUGUUUGGAGCAUGCUAGAUAGCUAAUUAACGGUCGCCUCGUCUUCAUCUGUUUUCCGUAAACAAGCGCUGUAACGAGGAGAUAUGGUCAUGUGGGAACACUAACCCUAUAAAGGUGUGUAUCAAUGUAACUUUUUUUUUUCUUGCUGAUAUUAAAGAUAAGGUCCUUAUGCUUCCAAAACCGUACCGCAAGCGAUGCAUGUUAGUGUUCAGACCGAGCGUCGGGGAUCUUCACAUAACUCCCCACUACAGAAGACGCCUUUGUCCAAUUACUUAUGUGUAAUGUAAUGGAACGGAGAGUAAUGAUCAAGGACUAUGCCAUGGUGACAGUUGAAAUCGUUUGUCAGCUAGCUAGCUGCCUGGCUACAUUCAUGGUUUUAACUGACAACAACCGCUCACAAACGAUUCCCAAUAACGUUACAGCAUUUUACAAGCUAGCUAGACCGCUGUAUUGUCAGAUCAUUAGGCUAGCUAGUAGCUGACGUUAGCUGAGCUACAGUUACGUUACAGCAAAGACAGUGUGGUUUCAGUGCUAGCACAAUCAACAACUAGCUAGUUGGCUACCUCGUAGCCCUUAUCCAUCUCAUACUAGCUACAUAUCAUUUCUCCCUCUGUGCAUGUGUGUCAAGUAAUAUGGGAUAUUAUAGGACAUGACAAGGUUUUAGCGAAAUGUUGUGGUUUUACCUCAAUUCAGUCAAUUCCGAUUCAAGUGUCAGGUUAGCCUUUUCGUAAUGUUUUCAUUCCUUCACUCAAAGCUACGGUGUACUAUCGCGGGAACUUGUACGUUUACGGAACAAUUGUACGGUGACCGGUUAGUGUCUGCGCCUAGUGCAAGCAAAGGAGCACGGACGUACUGUACAAGGCAAGAACACCGAAAUUCAUUGAUUUAUUUGAGCAACGUUAACCUUGUUGUAUGUUAAUUAAUGCUGGCAAGUUACGUUUUGGAUGUAGCAAGGUGAACAAGUUAUAAUUCUGCGGAAUAUGACCAGGAGGAGUUGAAAAUGUGUUUGCUAGUCGUGUGGUGCAUGGAGCAUAUAAUUGGCACAUUUGAGCACAUGAUUGUUGAUAGUCGAAGUUAGCUUUCUGUCGUUACAUUUCAUUGUUUUAAAACUGUUGUUUUAUGUCUGAUUUUGCUUAGUUCUCGUAAAUGUAGACUUUUCAUGUCAAUAAUCUUGAAAUUAUAGAAUUAAAAGGAUCUGGAAUGGGCUUUCAUAAAUGUGAGCAAUUAUUCUUCCUCCAGCUGUGUGAAAGCCAGCAUUAUCACUGCUGUCACUCAGGGUCAUCCAAUUGUUUAGUUUAUGUCAGGUUAUGUGUAGCCUAAACCACUCUCUCAUUCCAAUGCAUCUCAGAAAUGUGGGGGUGAAUAAAGGUGCCGUUGUCAAACCUCUCUCUCUCUCAGCGCAAAGAUGCAGCAGGUCGAUUCUCUUCUCCACAGUGGCUAUUUUCACCCAACACUCAGAUACUGGCAGACCUGCGCCUCAGACUUGAGACCUGAGAACCUCAUCUACCCCAUCUUCGUCACGUAAUGUCUCCUCUCCAACACAGACACUACGAUGUCAUCUUGAUGUUGUGAUACAAAUGACAGAUGCCCUUGUGUCAGUCAGUUACACUGUAGGCUAUAUUUGGGUGGCUAUGUGUUUUUAUGACAUGACAGCUUUCUUGUUCUUUUCUCCAACAGUGACAGUCCUGAUGCUGUGGAGCCCAUCGCUAGUCUGCCAGGCCAGGCCAGGUAAUGACUCCAGAUUACCUGUUCAUGUGGUUGAUUUUAAAACAUAUAUGACUUUGAAACAAAGACUUUGAAUGAGAAUUCUCAUUCAAAAUCAUCUGAUUGAGUGAGAAUGAGCAGGGGAUGGGGACCAUUGAGAUCAAGGCUGUGACCUCCAGAUAAAUACUGUGAGGCAGGGUGGAUCCAGAGCCAACAACUGGGCCAAGAUAAGAAGAUAAUCCGUUAGCUCUUUGUCCCUCACAACCCUCCCUGCUCAUGCACCAUUUGGUUACUAUAUAAUAGGCUGUAAUGUAAUACUGAGCCCUAAUUCUUGGUACUAUUAUGUGUCAGUGUUGAAAUUACUGUCAAUAGUUAUCUCACUCGUCUGAUUUGGUUUGUUGCCCAAAACAAACCAGAUUUUAGGCUAAAGAGAUCAAAUACAUCCCCAGUGCAUUGAUAAUGAAGUGCCACUUAGUAAUUGCUUGCCUCAAAGUGGUAUUGAAUUAGCACUUUGUAGUUUGUCCAUUCCCUGUGUCCCCCUCAAUCUCUUUUUCUCCCCACAGAUAUGGAGUGAAUAAACUGGAAGGCAUGCUACGCCCCCUUGUGGAGAAUGGCUUGAAGUGUGUGCUGAUUUUCGGGGUGCCUGCCAAAAUCGCUAAGGUACAGUAAACUAUAUGCACUUGUAAAAUGUGUCUUUUUUGCCACUACAUCAACUCCAAAGCGCAUAUGUCUACACCCUUGCACACUGUCAUACCUUUUCACCUUUCUUCUCAGGAUGAGAGGGGUUCGGGUGCAGACACAGACGAUACUCCGGCAGUAUUGGCUGUGAAGAAGAUAAGCUCUCUUUUCCCUGACCUGCUGAUGGCCUGCGACGUCUGCCUCUGUCCCUACACCUCACAUGGACACUGUGGUCUGUCACUCUCUAUCACAUCUUUUCGUCUACAACUAAUGCAAAUCUAAUUUCCUUUGAUUAACACUACAGUGUUAUAAGACUGCCCUCUGAUUCGCCCUCAGGAAUCUUGCGGGAGGAUGGCACUCUGGACAAUGGUGCCAGUUGCCAGCGUCUGGCAGAAGUGGCAUUGGCCUAUGCCCGUGCUGGUGAGUCUGGUCACUCCUCCCCCCACUUUAUCUACUCUCACUUCUAAAAAAUAGUGGACUGGACCAAUGUUGAUACUGCUCAAUGGGGAGCCACACCCAUGUCAAUAGUUUAAGAUCUCUUGUUCUUAUCGUACAGGCUGUCACAUCAUUGCACCCUCUGAUAUGAUGGAUGGGCGAGUGGGAGCCAUCAAACAAUCACUGAUGUCCAAUGACAUGGGCAACAAGGUAACAGAUGGGAGCACUAGUUUGUACAUAACCUUAUAUUCAUAGGGACUCAAUAAGGAAAGGAAAGCAUUUGCCAUAAGGAAACCCUUAGUAAAGAAGCCAUUUGCUUGAAUUUCCUGAAAGAAAAUGUCCAAGAAAAGUAAUGUAUUUCCUCCUUCUCCCCAGGUUUCAGUGCUAAGCUACAGUGCUAAAUUUGCUUCCUGUUACUAUGGUCCCUUCAGGUAACUAUCGAUUGUAAAGCCAAGUAUGGACAGAAAAGGCAUUUACUUACCAGUUAUUUGACAGGAUGCUCUAAGGAAGCUUUUUUUUUUGUAGAGAUGCAGCACAGUCCAAACCAGCAUUUGGAGACAGGCGUUGUUAUCAGCUGCCCCCUGGUGCAAGGGGCCUGGCACUGCGAGCUGUGGUAAGAGUGUCUGUGAAAUGUACGCAUAUGUAUGAAAGGUAGAGAGAGAGUCAAUUUACCCAGGUGGUUGAGGUUUUGUUUCUGUUUUUCUCUCAGGACAGAGAUGUCAAGGAGGGAGCAGAUAUGCUGAUGGUGAAGCCAGGACUGCCCUAUCUGGACAUAGUGAGGGAGGUCAAAGACAAGGUUAGUAUGUUCUACCUCAUUUUUCUCUGCAUGGUUACAGAGUUUCAGGCUCUGGGAUCAGUAUUGAUAGUUUGAGCUAAAUAACCAAACUACACUAAGUUCACAUCCAAGGGUACACAAACAAGUCUAUCAUCAGUUGUUAUGAAGACUACAAAACCCUUCUGCUUUUACCUGCUCCAUAUUUUUCUUACCACCCUCCUCUGCUCCCUUCCAGCACCCCACUCACCCACUGGCAGUGUAUAACGUGUCAGGGGAGUUUGCUAUGCUGUGGCAUGGAGCUCAGGCUGGAGCCUUUGACCUGCGCACCGCUGUAAUGGAAUCUAUGACCGCCUUCCGCAGGGCAGGUGAGAGGGGAAGUGAGUCAUGGGGUCUGGAGGAACAGUGCUCUGUUCUCAAUAGAGAAAGAAUGAGUUCUACUGCUCUAGUUCUAUAUUCUUCCCUCUGCUCUAGGUGCUGACAUCAUCAUCACCUACUACGCACCUCAACUGCUCACCUGGCUGAAAGAGUAACAGACAGAAGGAUGGACCUACGGAUUGACAUAGAGAUGGACCAUGCGAUUAACUCCUUUUUACCUAGCUGUGCAAGGGGUCUACUCAAACUAAACUGACAUGUGAGAACAGGCAAUCUAUCUUCAUACAUUCAUUUACAGUUUCUUUUUCUAUAUAACAUUGAUACUUCAUAAUGUUCUGAGACUCUUUUUUUCAUGUGCAGCAACCACAAAUUCUCACCAAAGAUGGUAUUCUUCAAGCUAGUAACCACUUGUAAAGCGUAUCAAAUAAGCUUUGAAGGGUUAGCCUAAUGUUAGAUGAAAAAAUGGGAAUGUAAAAGCUAUCUGUUGAUUGACUUGUUGGUUUAUGGGUGUUUUUACUAUUCUAUAGAUUUCCGAAUUGAGUAAUCAUGGCCUUUAUUUAACUGUUUCUAUUUUAUUCUGUGUUAUCUGUAAGAGGCACUCUGGCUUCAGCACUGUCCUAUCCAAUAAAAUAUAGAUUUUUUUGA